CUGCUGUGGCUCGGGCGGCGGCGGCGCGGCGGCGGCAGAGGGGGCUCCGGGGUCGGACCAUCGGCUCUCCCUGCGCUCUCCGCACCGCGGCUUAAAUGAUGUAUUUUGUGAUCGCAGCGAUGAAAGCUCAAAUUGAAAUUAUUCCUUGCAAGAUCUGUGGAGACAAAUCAUCAGGAAUCCAUUAUGGUGUCAUUACAUGUGAAGGCUGCAAGGGCUUUUUCAGGAGAAGUCAGCAAAGCAAUGCCACCUACUCCUGUCCUCGUCAGAAGAACUGUUUGAUUGAUCGAACCAGUAGAAACCGCUGCCAACACUGUCGAUUACAGAAAUGCCUUGCCGUAGGGAUGUCUCGAGAUGCUGUAAAAUUUGGCCGGAUGUCAAAAAAGCAAAGAGACAGCUUGUACGCAGAAGUACAAAAACACCGGAUGCAGCAGCAGCAGCGAGACCCCCCACAGCAGCCUGGAGAAGCUGAGCCGCUGACUCCCACCUACAGCAUCUCAGCCAACGGGCUCACCGAGCUUCACGAGGACCUCAGCAGCUACAUCGACGGGCACACCCCGGAGGGCAGCAAGGCAGACUCGGCCGUCAGCAGCUUCUACCUGGACAUACAGCCUUCCCCAGACCAGUCAGGUCUUGAUAUCAAUGGAAUCAAACCAGAACCAAUAUGUGACUACACACCAGCAUCAGGCUUCUUUCCCUACUGUUCGUUCACCAAUGGAGAGACUUCCCCAACUGUGUCCAUGGCAGAAUUAGAACACCUUGCACAGAAUAUAUCUAAAUCACACCUGGAAACUUGCCAAUACUUGAGAGAAGAGCUCCAGCAGAUAACGUGGCAGACCUUUCUGCAGGAGGAGAUCGAGAGCUACCAAAACAAGCAGCGGGAGGUGAUGUGGCAGUUAUGUGCCAUCAAAAUCACAGAAGCUAUACAGUACGUGGUGGAGUUUGCCAAACGCAUCGACGGAUUUAUGGAACUGUGUCAAAAUGAUCAAAUUGUGCUUCUCAAAGCAGGUUCUCUAGAGGUGGUGUUUAUCAGAAUGUGCCGUGCCUUCGACUCUCAGAACAACACCGUGUACUUUGAUGGGAAAUAUGCUAGCCCCGAUGUCUUCAAAUCCUUGGGUUGUGAAGACUUUAUUAGCUUUGUAUUUGAAUUUGGAAAGAGUUUAUGUUCUAUGCACCUGACUGAAGAUGAAAUUGCAUUAUUUUCUGCAUUUGUACUAAUGUCAGCAGAUCGCUCGUGGCUGCAGGAAAAGGUAAAAAUUGAAAAACUGCAACAGAAAAUUCAGCUAGCUCUUCAACAUGUCCUGCAGAAGAAUCACCGAGAAGAUGGAAUUCUAACAAAGUUAAUAUGCAAGGUGUCUACAUUAAGAGCCUUAUGUGGACGACAUACAGAAAAGCUAAUGGCAUUUAAAGCAAUAUACCCAGACAUUGUGCGACUUCAUUUUCCUCCAUUAUACAAGGAGUUGUUCACUUCAGAAUUUGAGCCAGCAAUGCAAAUUGAUGGGUAAAUGUAUCACCUAAGCACUUCUAGAAUGUCUGAAGUACAAAACAUGAAAAACAACCACAACAAAAUUAACCGAGACACUUUAUAUGGCCCUGCACAGACCUGGAGCUCCAACACACUGCACAUCUUUUGGUGAUCGGGGUCAGGCAAAGGAGGGGAAACAAUGAAAACAAAUAAAAGUUGAACUUGUUUUUCUCAUGCAUAUGAUUUCCAUUAUGCCUACAGAUAUGGACCCUUUUUCUGUCUCAACUUCUUGAUCAUUGACCUCUGUUUACAACUGAAGGAGGGUACUAAAGUCGGAGGAUUUCCUUUUCUUUGUAGCUCACUGCCCACAGACUUUCUGCAGAGUCACCAAUCUGUUGGUACCAACAGAGAGCCCUGCAAUAAUCGGUACCUGGUGUGCAUAGCGGAGGUGGCGGCAUGACUUUGCACAACUUGCUCUUUGUUUCAUGAAGGAAGUCUUUAUGUUUUUCCACCGAUUAUUGCCAGUCAGCAGGAUGGUAUGAAAAGGGUCCAUAGCACUAGCAACAAUAGCAUUAUAAUAUAUUACAGGGUAAAUGGGCAUGAAGACUAUAUAUAGCUAAAAGAGAUAUUGUUUAUAUAUUGUUUUAAUUAAUAUAAAAUGUAGUUACUGGUGUAGCUUUUCCUGUUGAAUUGAUAAGGCACUUUCAUUUUGCACCUUUUUCUUUAAAUGAAAUGCUAGCGUGUUCACUGUUGUGUCGCAUGUGCACCAGAAACACAAGUUUAACUGAGAAGGCUUGGAAGGAACGUCAGGAGGUAUUUAUGCUGCUGUUUACAAAGGACUUUGAAAAGACUGGCUGGUCAUAUCUAGAAAUCAUGAUGUGGAUUAUUAUUUUUUUUUUUUUACACUUCAUUUGGAAUUAGAAAUGGAACUCUCCCUAAAUUAUACUUUGCUUCUUGGUAAGCUUAAGGAUAGAUGUGUUUAUGCUUCAUACAAAGUUGAAUGAUCGAUUGGUGCUAUGGACUUAUACCAUCAUGCACAUUAUUUUUUUUAAAAAAGCUUUUUUAAAUGCCACCUCAUGGAGGCAGGGAGGGAGGGGAGGCUCAUUUCACACAAUUCAGUACUUAUAUGGACUCAGUCUCCACUUGGAAUUCUUAUGCUUUGAGAACAAAUCAGUAACCCAAAUAUUUAUUGGAAUUCAGCUUUUAUUAUAAGAAGGACCCAAAGAUUAUAUCUGGAGCAAACACACACUGCCCAUGUGAGGACAUGAAGCAUUUACUUUGUGAAUGGUUAUGUUCUUGGUAUAAUCUUGGAACCCUAAGAGUAUAUCUCAGAGUGAACUAGCUCUAGACUAGCUGCCUCUAGAUGCUAUAAUUCUAGAAUAUUGCGCUCCAUAUUUCACAGACAAUGGAUAGAAGGGUGAGGGAGGUAUGUAACACUGAACCAGUUUCUCUUAUUUAAAUAUUAAAUAUUUUAAGCAUUCAAAGUGAAGUUGAUGCUAGCCGCAAACAUUUACUCUUGUAUUUAUCUUCAUUAGAAAACUGUGGACUGUAAUUUAUUUUAUUAAAUAUUUAGAAGAUUGUUUGGCUUUUGUGUUCAGGUGAGAAAUAUUGAAUGUUUUGUUUAAUUUCAUGUUUUGGAGGGUUUUUUUAAUUUUAAUAAUUCCCAGUGGGGGAAGGGCGAAUGAACAGUCUGAUAUACACGUGUGCAUAUUUUAAAAAUAAGUGCCCUUUGGAAACGUAGGCAUUAGAAGAUGAUUUUAGUCAGUCGGGGUGGGAUUCAAACUUCUGGUCUGACAUGAGAGACCAUGUUUAUACAGAAAAGGGAACAUCUUCUCAUAGCAUAAAGGUGGGAGUUUCUAGGCAGCCCUUUAUAGCAGACAAAGUGUCUCUACCACCAGGGUCCUCCUGAAUCUUCCCUAGGAAUUGUGGCUCCUGAUGUCGCGUAGAUCACAGCACGGGCUUCCCAGAGCCCUUUACUCUGGCUUUAACUCCAACUGAUUUUCUGACUUGUUUCCUGGGGGAUUUGGAAAAGAGGAAGGAAUUUUUCACACAGAAGUGUGUAUGAAGCCUAAAUAACAUCUUAAUUUUUUUUUCAAAAAUAUACUAAGGGUUUAACCAUAAAUAGAAGACGAGAGUAAUAUUUACUUAAAUUUCUUACAAGUAUAUUAAACUUUAUGUGAGUGUUUAUAUAGAGAGGUUAACUAUCAGCAUAUAGUAUUUAUAUUUGGGCAAAAAGGGUUAAAUCAAAUUUUUUAAUUUAAAUAAGCAUAGUUCCUUUAAAGAUCAAUAGUAUUUAUACUCUGAAAAGAGUACCAAGCUUAGUUCAGUUAUUUAUUUGUCCAUUUUUUUUUCCUAUUGUUUCUCCUGGGGGGGGGGGGAGAUGGUGUGUUUUUAUUUUGGUUUGGUUUUUGGUUUUUGGUUUUUGUCAUUCUGAGUCACUAAAUUUGGGGAUGGUUUUAUUAGAGUAUAUUAACUUCUUUUUAACCAAAGCUUUCUGAAUAUGACCAGCCUCAGGUGCUAGCGCAUUAAAGAGCAACUAAACCGAAUUCCAGUGUCCAUUUGUGAAGUGAUAAGAGUUAAUUGAACUUCUCAAAGGGUGAGAGAGAGAGCAUAAUGUUGAGCUUAAAAGAAAUUCCUUUUCCCAGAAAGGAUUUUGCAUGUACCAAAUGCAAAAAAAAAAAAAAAAAGAUGCUUGAUCUCAGUAGUCGUCACGCCAUGGUGACAUUGCUUUUAAAAUAAACCAACAUACAUUGACAUGAUGCUGCUACCAGGUCUUUCUGAAAGAAAAGCAAGGUGAGGACUUUAAGAGCAAAAUACGUUGCCAGUGUAGGGACAGAGCAGGGGAGGCGUGCUCAGUGAACAGAGGGAACAACCAUUAUUUGGAUCAAAGUUGGGAUCUGAAGUUAAACAAUAAAUUCAGUUUAAAAAAAUGACGUAUAGAAAAGGAUGUGAAAACCUUUGCGUUUUUAUUUUCUUCUUAUAGAAACACCUGUGUGAUGACACAGACUACUUGGUGAUACAGAAUAAUGAUUGUUUAAGAGUUCUUAUAAUUAAAGUUUCCUAAACUUAAAUAUCCAGUAGUCUUUUAAAGAUUGGAAUCACAUCAUUGUUAUCCCAGUUGCUAUGAUGCCUUUUAUAUAGUUUUUUCAUAGAGGGUGCAUAAGGCUUUUUGUAUGAAGUCUGAAUACCUUUGGUUACAGUGGUGUCAGAUGGUGGCAUUAUAUUCUGAAGAACCUGGCCUUGGUCACAAUGAAAACAAAAGUGCAGAUGAAAGUGCUUUUUUGGACAGUUUGCAAAUUGUGUUAAAGCUAUGGAUUUUUUUUUAAGUGUUCAGCAUCCUAAUUUGCGUUAAAGCUAUGGAUUUUUUAAAAAGUCUUCAGCAUCCUAAUUCACCCUUCCUAACUUAAGGAAAAUGUAACUUAAGACACUGCUUCUAAGUUUGGUUGUUCUUUAGAGUGUGGAUACCCAGAUCUCUGUGAGCAUAUGGGGGUGGGCUGAGGGCCAGGUGAGGAGGGAGUGUGUGUGUGUGUGUGUGCGUGCGUGUGUGUGUGUGGUUUUCGUGUGUAUGAUGUGCGUGUGUCGGACCGCUUCUAGGCUACUAAGUGUCAAUGGAAAAGAAAAUGUAUUCAAAAUACUUAAAUCAAAACUAGAAGAUGGGGAAAAAAAAGAUUUAUUCUAUACAAAGCCUUGUCUGGACCACUUUAGAGAGACUUCUAUUUUUUUAACCCUUCUAUAAAUAUUUGAUGGCACUUGAAAUAUUCCUGCAAUAAAAUGUGAUUUGUGUAAAGAAAAAAAAAAGAUUUUGUAAUGUGAAACAAAGAAAGAAAGUAAUGUAAUUUUCUAAAAAAAAAAAUACAAACAAACAAACUUUGUAUUAUUUUCUUGAUGGAAUUUGUCUAUCUGUCUUUGGAAAACUUUUUAUUUCAUUGAAUGUGCCAUAGUAGAAAUAUGUGUUUUUAGUUUUAGACUAAGGAAUAGCUGUUUGUGUUCCGACAUUCCAAAAUGCAAAACAACCUAGUAGAAUCUUUAAUGAAAAGGUUUAAGUAGGAUGUAAGCUUCUCUCAUUGUUGCUUUUUUGCACAUGUUCUUCAUUCCUCUCUAGUGCAAUAUGUACAUAGAGCACUUGCGGGUGUACCUUGAUCCCUCAGGGAAAAAAAUACAUAUUUGUACAGUUUUGGUUUUUUGGUUGGUUUUUUGUUUUUUUGUUUUUUGUUUUUUUGUUUGUUUUUUGCCUUUUGUUUUUGGCUAAGGAAUGUCGAUUGAAUCACUUGUUAUUGUUGAGGGGCAGCCAGAUAAUAAUCCUAAAGCCACUGUUUUCAAACAUUGAUUGUUUAAAUCAUGUGUCCUUCCAGUGCUAUUAUUUUAAGAUAAUAAUAAUAAUAAAAAGUUAUUUUCUGACAGUUCUUUGUGCUGAUUGGUGAAAAAAAAAGGGUAAAUAAGCACCUUAUGAUUGACUUACUGUGAAUGACAAUCCAUCUUGAUAUCAACAAUAGAAGCCCUAUCACUUUGGAGUUGGGGUUAAGAGUCAGAAACAAUGUGCUCAGGGAUCUUCUAAAACUCUUCAAACAGGGUGGCCAGUACUACUGGGACAAAUUGUGUUUUUUAUUAUUAAUAAUAGUGAUAAUAAUACUAUCCCUCAAGGCACAAGUGAACUGUAUAGAAUUGCGCGUGUGUGUGUGUGUGUGUGUGUGUGUAAACUCUUCACUAUAGUCUCAUUUUGUUGAGUUCAAAAACGUAUGUGUUCUUCAGUCCCAUGUGGUUAAAAAUGUUGAAUAACUUCCAAAGCAGUAUAAGGUUAUGCCAGUAUGUUCACAAGAUAAAUCAAUAGGCAGCAUACCAACAGAGAGCAUCACUUCAAGUGCAGUCCUACCUACUCCAUUUACUUCUAAUAAUUAAAAUGUUCAUGCCAAAUAUAUUCAUAGCAUUAUAUAUUAGAAAUUUUCCAAUUCUACAUGGUAUGCAAAAAAUUGUUUAAACCAGUAAUGAGACAAGAGCCCUGCCUAUCAGUGCAGUAAAAGAGGUGAAAGUUUGAACACAUUUUUUUCAAAUGCCAGCAAAUAACUUAUCUUGAUUGUGUUCUCUAGAAGCAAACCAAAAAAUCCCUUUAUUGAACACAAUUCUUCUACACUUACAGUUUUCGUCUGUUGAAUUAAUACAAGAGCUAAUGUUUAAAGACAAACAAAACCCAACUAUGUAACAGCGCCACAAGCCGGCUUUUAGGGUUACAUUUGACAUUUUUGCAAUAUAGCUUCGUUCUCAUGUUUCCAUGUAUUUUCAUAAGGUCAGUGAACCUCAGUAUAAUUGUUGGCUUUGAUUCUUCCAUACCUGGAAUACACAUUCAGAAGAAGCUUUUACAUAUAUUCUUACUACCAUAGCAGAGUAUAAUUUGGGAAAACUUUCCAUGUUGUUUAGAUGAAAAAGAAACUUUGACCUUGUUGUUUUUGAUAAUAAAGACUAUGGAAAAUGGCAGAAAUCUCUCUCUCUUUCUCUCUCCACCUAUAUAUAUACAUGUAUACAUAUAUAUAUACAUAUAUUCAUACACACACACACAGGUUAUUGACAUUUUCACAUACUGUAGCACGUGAUUGCCACGUCUUAUAAAGAUAUGCUACAACAGAACCCUAUAAAAACAACUUUAUACUAUGGAUCAGAUGAACAGAAAUAUAAUUGCAACAGUAAAUCUUGAUCUAUUGCUAAUAGUCUAUGAUACAAGUCUUCAUUCUAUCCCUAAACACUAGUAUUAUUAAAGAGGUUCCACCAGAUUUGAUUAAAGAGGCCUUCCUAUUAUUGUUUAUUCUUAAGAUAUGAGAAGGCUGACGACAAUGUCUUUACAAAGCAAUCGGUUUCACUUCUGGGUUAGUUGCUUGUUUGUGUAAGGAAGAUCAGUUUUGUCAGGCUCUCAGAAUAAUUUUUAAAGUAAUCCAGAAGCCUGGCUUUAUACCAAGGAAAUAUAGAUGGAGGGAUCUCCAUGUUUAACCAGACCCUCAGAUCUUAGAGCAAUAAAUACAUUCAGUCAUUUACUUACUUAUAAAUGAAUGACAGAAUAUUCAAAACAAAUAAACAAUGUUUUUUUCAGCAAUGCAAUAUAACAUGGAGGAAAGCAUGUUAGAAAAGUGAAUAUGAAUAUUUUAAAUAGAUGCCUAUAGAAUACGUGUUUGCUGUUUACAUUUAGUGUGUCUGCCACAUUUUCUUCUACUUUUUUCCUUCUGAGAACUAAUGAAAGCUUGCUAUUAGCUUUGACACACUGCACACACCAUUAUGUUGUUCUCUAAGAGCAACUAAAUUCUCUCCAGUGUCCCGUGUGUUUCCUUUCUCACUCAUUAUUACUUUAACGUGGAUGAAAACUAUUUCUAGGAACUUGGUUAUUAUUGAACAGAUUGCAUAGGUAAAUGCAGAUAAUUCUCGAGCAAUAUAGUGAAUAUGAUUUCACACACAAAAAAAUCCGUAUGUACUGUACACAUCUUCCUGAAUCCAAAAUUCUCUUAUCCACAGUGGUUUGAAAUCUCAUAUAAAACAGUGGUAAAUUUUUAAACAUUAGGACAUUAGCUGGCUGCUUCUUUAAAUGUACCUGUAUUGUCUUCCUGCUCCUUUUGUGGAGAUGUGUUUUUGUAUUGGAUGUUUGGGCCAAUGGGAGGCUUCAAGCUACAACAUAUUUUCCCAGUUUAAAUAUAUUUAACAUAUGACAAACCCCAGACAAGGCUUUUAAUAUGUAUAAAGAACUGCAGUGUUAGGUGGUUUAUUUGCAAACCGUUUUCAAUGUUGUCCAUUUUUAUGGCACCUUUAACAAUAUUCUUGUUUCCAAAGUACAAAAAAAAAUAGGUUAAAUAAUCUAGCCAUAACUGAAUGUCAAGCAAUAAAACAAAUGACUUUUGUGCAUAGACUUAAAAAAAUACAAAUCUUAGACAUCUGCAUGUAAAUGCAAUCUCUUGUUUACUGCUUUCUUCAACUUGAGCAAUUGAUUCCUUAUUUACUAUUAACUUAAGAACUUGUAAUGGCCUGUACACAUUUUCUCUCUUACUCUUCUUUCAAAUUUACCUUCGUCCCUGCUUUUAAGUCAUAAUAUUUAAUGUUGUUCUGCACAUCUCUAUACAGUUAACUUUUGGGCUUUCAUUCUGUAUAGAUAAGAAAAUGUUAUAUUAUAAACAGCCUACUCAGUGCAAAUAUUUAUCUGUUUAUCAAAUCCACAAUAUGCUGUAUAAUACUGGUUUUACUAUAUAAUCUAUUUUAGACAUAGCUGUUUAGAACUAGAGUGUGCUAUUUUUGUGUUUUUCUGAUGUGUGGUGCUAGAUAAGUUACUUUUGUGAACAAAAAAAAGUCCCUUUUAUUCCUAGACAAUACCACCUUUGGGUCUUGUUAAUUUCACUGAGUAUAACUCUAUAUUUGUAUAUAUAUAUACAUAAAUAUAUAUCUACCUGUUCCCAACUAGCAGCUGUAUCAGAGUGCUGGAUUUGGGACAUGCUUUUCUCUUUAAAUACAUAAUAUCAUUAUAUAAAUUAUUCUAGAGUGUAUUUAAUUAGGAUAAAAUUACUUCCUUAGUAUGGAUAUUUGACAUCGAUAGGGUGAAUUUGUUUAUAAAUAUGGAUAUAUGAAAACUUAGCAUUUACUUUAUGUUUGCUACUUGGCUUUAUACCAUAUCUCCUGAGCUGAAAAAUAAUUUGCCAGGCCUUCGAGAUCUAAAGAAACACUCUAGUUUAAUGGAGUAAUAUUUCUUUUUUCUUACUAAGGAGUUAUAUUAUUGGCACCUGACAGAGUUGUGUACUUAGCUCCUAUUAUAGAUAAUAGGCAUUUCUAUAAAAUAUCCUUGGUGGCUUGAUGGCAGAAUAAACCUUUCCCCUCCUACCUGAGCCAUGAGAAGCAUGGAGACAUCGGCUAUCAUGGCAGAACACGGGCCAUAAAGCAAAUUUGACAAGGGACGUUCUGUUUCAAUAUGACCUCAACCCAGUUCCAUGAACUGAGUGAAAGACCUUCGUUUUAAAAGUCACUUAAUAAUGAGCUUAAAACUCUUUCACCUCUUCUCCCAAGACCUAUUGGCAUUGUUAAAAAUCAAAGUAUAUCAAAUAUCUAACUAAGGAUGUAGUUAACCUUAUUAAAUAUUGAUUAGAAUUGUUCUGUAAUAUUACUGAAUUUGUAAGAUCUUUAGCAAAGAUUUUUGAGCAAUUUAUAAAUAUAGAGCAAAUGUUUCUGUUUACUGCACUUUUUGUAAUUGAAGGUGAUAAAUUCUCAAGCCAUGGUUAUUGGCUUCCAUGCACUGCAUAUUUACCCACAAUUCUAGACAUUUUCCAUUUUUAUGGAAGAGUUGCUGUUACCUUAGUUAUAAAUGCAAUCAUGUGGUUAAUGAGAGCGAAUGCUAAUAGUUAACCUUUUGAAGUGAAUUGGCUACAGUUUAGGGAGAAAUCUCUUUUACUACAAAUCACGUCAUUCCUUAUUGCUUCACUUAGAGAUUGAAACCUAUUGGGUUUUUUUUGUUUUGUUUUUUAAGCACCAUUUAGUAUCCUAAACUUCCUGAGAGUAGAGAUUGUAUCUCUUUGUGUCUACACAAUGGCCAGCACAUGUCAGCAUUUGAUAAUUGUUAAAUGACAGGUGUGCCCAAAUUAAAAUUUUUUCCUGGGAUUUUUUUUUUUUUUGGUAAAUUUAUAAAGUAUGUCAAGCCUUAUGGUUAACAAUUUCUUCUACAAUCAAGUAUUAAAGCCACAUUUAAAAAGACCACAUGAAAUGCUGAUUCUAAUUGUGUGUAGGUCUUGAAGAUUAAGCACACAAAUUUCACAAAACUCUGUGAGUAACGAACUCAGCCUUCUGUAAAUAUACAUGCAAGUUUGGAAACAGUAAUACUGUACCUAUAAAUAUAUGCUGUCUGUUUUGUGUACAGUAUGUAAAAACUCCUUUUCUGCCACACUAAAAAUGCAAGCCAUUUAUGGGAAUCCUAAAAAUAGUAUUGUACUAAAACUUUGCUAAUGAUCUUUAUUAGAGGAUCAUCCAACUUUUCACUUACAUUGGGUUUUCUUUUCAAUUCACUCUUAACGGUAGUCUGCUUAUUUCCAGCUGUUUGUUAUUUUAUUGAGUCCUCAAUUUAAAAAAAAAUAUUUUGAUUCAUUUUGUAAAUACAAGCUGUAAAAAAAAGAGAGAUUUAAUGUUGUCUUUUAAAUACUCCGAUUUUCAUUCUAAUAUGAAUGUUGUUAUAUUGUACUUAGAAACUGUACCUUUAAUAUUACAUUACCUUUAUUAAAAGUGCAUUGAACACAUCAAUUUUAGAUGUGCUUUAUGUACUAUUAUCCUAUAAUAAAAUUUCAGCUUCUAA